AUGGAGGAGGUCCACGAGCAAGUGCACCUGACGGAGGACGGCGGAGUGGUCAAAACGAUCCUGAGGAAAGGUGAAGAAGGAGAAGAAUAUAUCCCCAAGAAGGGAAACGAAGUCACAGUGCACUACGUUGGCAAGCUAGAAAGAAACGGAAAAGUAUUCGAUUCAUCUCGUGAAAGAAAUGUGCCAUUCAAGUUUCACCUAGGACAAGGAGAAGUAAUAAAAGGAUGGGACAUCUGUGUAGCAUCUAUGACGAAGAAUGAAAAAUGUGAAGUUCGUUUGGAUAGCAAAUACGGGUACGGAGAAGAAGGUUGUGGAGAAAGCAUCCCUGGGAGUAGUGUGUUAAUAUUUGAAAUAGAACUAAUCAGUUUUAGAGAGGCAAAAAAAAGCAUAUACGAUUACACGAAUGAGGAGAAAAUCCAAGCAGCAUUCGAUUUGAAAGAACAAGGGAACGAAUUUUUUAAAAAAAAUGAAAUUAACGAAGCUAUCUCCAAGUAUAAGGAAGCGCUUGAUUUUUUUAUUCAUGCAGAAGAUUGGGAUGGCGAAUUAUCUGAGAAAAAAAAAAAUAUUGAAAUUAUUUGCAACUUAAAUUUAUCUACAUGUUACAAUAAGAAUAAAGAUUUCCCCAAUGCCAUCGCUCACGCGUCCAAGGUCCUUAAGUUUGAAAAAAAUAACGUUAAAGCGCUUUAUAAGCUGGGAGUUGCUAACAUGCACUUUGGUUUUUUGGAGGUUGCUCGGGAAAACCUUUACAAGGCAGCUUCUCUAAGCCCCAACAAUAUGGAAAUACGGAACUCUUAUGACGCCUGCCUUAACAAAUUGAAGGAGGCCCGCAAGAGGGACAAACUCACCUUCGGCGGCAUGUUCGACAAGGGCAUUCUCUACGAGGAGAAGAAGGGCAGCGCCAAGUGA